AUGCCGACUCUUCGAGCAAAUCGUGCAGUCGCAGCAACUCAAUCGAUAAGUGGAUUUCUUGUGCAUAUAGUUAGAGGUAGGGAGAGCAGGGAGAGGUUUACGGCGUCUUCAUCAGAAGACUCUGACGAGGAUUACAGUGAGGAGACAUCGUCAUCAUCAUCAUCGGACACGUCAACAUCCAGUGACACUGAAGACGAACUGCCUCCAUCACCAAGGGCAUAUCACACUCGCGCUAUGGAUCGAAAUCGAGCACCGUCUUCAAGGGUGAGGACUCGAUCUGGAAGUGAACUUUCAUCGAGCAACGGAAAUUUCGACGAUUCCAGAAGCGAGAGAAGCCAAUCCGAAGAGGUGACUCGGGACGAAUCCGCGCGUACGGUCAUGGGUGCUGUAGAUGAUGAGGUCCAAUUGAUUGAAGACGACGGACCGUUUCCAGCUGAUAGAAAUAUCCGAACAACACCGUCCAACUCCGACGACGAGUUGGAUGCUGUGAAUCGUCCCAAGCGAAGAAGAACUGGAACUCCCGCGAGUCAGGAUGAUGGGAAUCCCAAGACUAGUGCGUCAGGAGGGGGAGUGGCAUCGAGUGCGAUGCAUUUCACAAACGAUGAUAGUUGUACUGAUGACGGUUGCUCUAUAUGUUAUGAGGACUACACCAGUGCGGGCGAGCACCGUCUUGCAUCAAUAAAAUGUGGGCACUUCUUCGGAUAUUCCUGUAUUACACGUGGUAGCGAGGUUCCCUAUCAGAUGGUCAUUCAACCAGUAAGGGGAGGACGAAUGUUUAUGAUUCCUGAACGAAAAGAAGCACUAAUUAUUGGUCCUGCUAACGCCGAUGCACGUGCUUUCGAUUACAACGGAGAUUGUUGGGCCGUAGGUGUCGCUUGCUCGCAGGCUGGCAAUCUCUUUUGCCCAUAUGGCAUUCGUAUGCUUAUUAUAAAUCAGCAGGAGUUCAAGCUUCGCGAAUGUUAUCCGCUCCAUAGCGCACGAUCUCGCGUUGUCGUUUUUUCUCCUUUCGAAUCUACCGUUCUUCUAUCAGGUAUUAUUUCCUUGUGUUUCAGUAUUGCUUCUAGCACCUUAGAGAUAGCUUCUUUUUUAUUCAUAGAAGAUGGAGCGAAGGCAGAUGAACUGCGGCUAUUCAAAAGAUAA